AUGAAGCUUUUCAUAGGCAUUCUUUUCUGUACCUUGAUCAUGGGAGUCACCGGUGAAGGCUGGUAUUCAUUCUUCAAGGAGGCUGUGCAAGGGACUAAAGACAUGUGGAGAGCCUUCUCUGACAUGAGAGAAGCCGGGUACAUAGGUGCAGACAAAUACUUCCAUGCCCGCGGAAACUAUAAUGCUGCCCAAAGGGGACCAGGGGGUGUCUGGGCUGCUAAAUCCUGGAUUAAUCCCCUCCCUGCCCUCUUCCUUUCUAGUGAUGCCAGAGAGACUCUUCAGGGAAUCACAGACCCUCUGCUUAAGGGCAUGACCAGGGAGGAGCUACGGGAGGACACGAAGGCCGACCAGUUUGCCAACGAGUGGGGCGGAGCGGCAAAGACCCCAACCACUUCAGACCUCCUGGCCUGCCUGACAAGUACUGA